GCCCGCAGUGGUGGGAAACACGCCGCGCGGGCGGGACAAGCCGGACCUUCGCGGUCUCGCGAUCGCGAUCUCAUACGAUAACUGAUAAUACUCGCGGUACUGAUUUAUAACUUAUAUUUCGAUGAAUGCAUAUAAUGAACUUUAAGAAAUAAUUAAUUAUUAUAUUAAAAAAAAAUAACUGAAAAAUGUUCAUAUCCCUAAACCACCCAAAUAUUUAUAUUAUAAGUCUAUUUAAACAUAAUUAUGACUGUGCCAAUUUUAAUAGUAAAUUGUUUUGAAAUAUGUCGAAAACGUAACGGUUAAUUUUGAUAGUGGUUUUAAAUUACAAAGUUGUUCGGAAUGGACGAGGAAAUUGUGACGGCGACAGCCGCCGUAGACCCAGCGCCGCACCGAUCACCUACGCCUGAAUUACACGCUACAUACACUUCUCUGGAAAUCUUAGUAGCUUUGAUGGCUGUUGUAGGCAAUUCCAUGGUGAUACAUGUGUUUCGUCGUGACAGAAGACUCCGACGACGAACGAAUUAUUAUAUAGUGUCAUUAGCUAUCGCGGAUUUGCUAGUCGGACUAUUAGGUAUUCCAUUUGCGAUAUUGGCUUCAGUUGGUCUUCCAAGAAACUUAUACGCCUGUCUGUUCACGACGUCGUUGCUGGUGAUGCUGUGCACGAUAAGCAUCUUCUGCCUUGUAGCGGUGUCUGUAGACCGAUAUUGGGCGAUUCUUCACCCCAUGUGCUAUUCGCGGAACGUCCGUACCAAAACUGCUAUUCUUAUCAUCUCCGCGUGCUGGGUAGCUGGCGCCGGUGUUGGGUUCCUGCCACUAUUCGGAUGGCACGCUGCCGUCGACACGGCACCCGGAUGUUACUUUGUCGAGGUCAUGGAUUACAACUACCUCCUCUUCCUAUACUUCGCUACAAUUGUGACGCCCAGCGUCCUUCUUGCGGCUUUCUACGCCCAUAUCUACCGCGUGGUUGUUAAGCAGAUGAGUGCGGUUGUAACUGUGGAAGGUGGGCAAGGUCGGGGCGGAACAAUGCUAAGAGUUCUAGGAGCGGCACAAAAACGAGAAGUCAAAGCGACUCAAAACCUGGCUAUCAUCGUCUUCUUCUUCAUAAUCUGUUGGAUACCACUCUAUACAAUAAAUGCGAUUAAGGCAUUCAUGCCUGAAUUAGAUAUUCCGAACCCUUUAACCUAUUUCUGUAUUAUAUUUUCCCAUCUAAAUUCAGCGAUAAAUCCAUUAUUAUACGCUUACCAUUUAAAAGAUUUUCGGGCGGCGUUAAAAGGUCUGAUAUGUACUAUGUUUGGACGAGGGGUGCCAUUACCAGCUGCAUAUCGACCUCCCGUGCCAGUGAGACGACCGGCUUUGGAAAGAUGUAACGCUUUACGAGAAAGACCGAGAAUAUACGUGAACUCUCCCGUUUGGUUGAGACAAAGAGAGGCUGAAAUGGCAGCGGUUGAGGACAGAAAUUCGGAAUUAGUCAAUCCAGAUUUAGAACCAUUUUUGAAUAAUGUUCUGACUGACGGUUCAAGCGGAAGGCAUACUCCUGAGGGUCGAGAGAGGAAUAACGGCCCGUAUCUUAUAGAGGCUAGUCAAUGCCAAAGUCCCUACAAGAAAGUGGAAGAGUUCAUACGGAGAGUACGAAGUGUUAGUUCGGAGCACAGCUGACAUGAAGCAAGCCGUGUGCCCUCGGCUUAUAGUGUGGCAUAAUUAGCUUUAAUUUAUUUCACCAAUGAAGGACUGUUCAUAUUUCAAUUACUAUCACUAUUUAAGCCUAAGAUACCUAUUAUUGUAUUAUAUAUUUCUUAUGUUUGAUGAUUGGGAAUAUUUUUAGAUAAGCUAUUUUAUUGUGACUCUGUUGAAACCAAAAAAUAAUGAGAUUAAUGUCGAAAUGCUUGUUAAAUGUGAAUAAAUGUUUUAAGAAUAUU